AUGGACACUCCUGAACCAUCUCUGAAGGUGCUGUUCAACCAAGCAAAGAAACAGCAAGAAGAUUUGGAUGGCCUCGACCCCCGGAGCGCAAACUUCAAGCACACCCUUCAGUCCAUCAUCGACAACCUCGAACAGUGUCGCAAAUUGAUCCAAGACCUCUCUUUGUUCAGUACGAAUGAAGAGGUUGAAGACAUAUCUACGCAAGACCUGCAAUACCUGACGGUGGACUGUCUACUGGCCGAGGUCAAGAUUAGAGGAUAUGGCGAAAACAGACUGUCAUCGUUGCGGGACGCCGCGGGACUAUUCGAACAGUUUUUGACCCGACUAGAUCAAUACGGUUUGCUAGGUGGUUCAGAUCGCCAACUUUACGAACGCUACGUCGAACAGCGCGGUUCAUUUCGAAUAGUCUCCUCGAAUAGCCCCGAGGAGAAACGAAGGAUCAAGAUUUCUCGCUUUCAAGAAGAAAAAUCUUUGAAGCAAAAGUUGCAGUAUCUGAGAGACGAAUCCACGAAAUCAAAUGUUGACGAUGAGACCAUUCGGAGUCUUUAUCUAGCCGAAAUUGCUCUCCUAGUCAACAAGGCGUUCUCGUCUCUGGAAAUGAUAACUCAGGAGUUGGAAAUAUUGUCUCAGAUGCGGCAUACCGAGCCAGCUAGGCCCGGGCCAACACCGCCAGAUCAGAGAGCUCCUGCGCGGUCUGAUGCUUAUUCGGAGCGUUUAGACGGGCCUGCUACAAUGGCGGGCCUUGGAAAGAGAGGUGGGCCCUUACUCAGUUCUAGCGGAAAACCUCUUCAGCCCUUCACCCUCACAGACAAGCGGACCCAGUUGCGACAGGGCGUAUUCAGGCCAGGACACAACCUCCCUACCAUGAGCAUCGACGAGUAUCUGGAAGAAGAGCGCCGGAGGGGUGGCAUCAUUGACGGUGGAGGAAACGCCAAUGCCCCUCAGGCCGAGCCCGAUGAGGAUAAUAUGGAGCAAGUCGACGCUGCCACGAUGAAGGCACGAGAGUGGGAUGAGUUUGUAGAGGCUAACCCGAAAGGAGCUGGAAACACGUUGAACCGGGGGUAG